GCGUGCUGCAAAGCCGCUGGUUGCGUCUGCUGUGCACUGAACAAGACAAAAAGCCCGUCGAUUCGCCCCGAGAUUCUGACUGGUCCGCGCCCGAAAACGAGGACUCGAUGGGGCUGGCAUAAUACGUAAAAGCAAGCAGAGUAACUUGUUCCGUGGGAUAUAGACAGGUCGGAAGAGGAACGAGAUGGACCACUUCUCGACUGUGUUGCAGCGACCGCCGCAUUUCGACGAGGAUGGCAGCAGCAUGGGCGCGCCCAGUGAGGAUCGAGGCCCACGCGGAGGGCUGCGCGACAUCCUGAACCCCGUGAGCUCGAGCUCGACAACGCAUCCACACGGUCCUGGAACACCCGGAGCACCCGUACCGUCCCGACCGCAAUCGUCGUUUAGUUUGCGCUCCCCCACGCAUCAAUCAGAUUAUCACCAUCCGAGCCCCUACUCCGCCUCUCCAUCCUUGGCAGGCGCGCGCUCAAUCCUUCACAACCCGUUCGUGUCCGCAUCGACACCCUCGUCACUGCCGCCGCCCUUGCAAGCUCCUCCGGGUCUGGUAUCGCCAACCGCCUCAUCCGGCCUGCAGCAUCCUCCCCGAUCACCGCUGCACGCGCCGCCGGUGUACUAUCCAUCCGAGAUCCGCGACCGCGAGCCGGCGCGCGACAAAUCGGCCUCGAGCAGUUUCUACGACCCAACCACUGACAGCAAUCGAGAGCGCGAACGCAGGGUUUCGGAUACUGGCGCCUGGCACAAGGCGGCACAGAACUCAACAUCGAAGCCCCGCGAUCCCUACAGCUAUUCUCAACGAUCCUCCGAUUACUAUACCAACGGCAGCUACGCAUCGCCGGAAAAAUCGGUCUAUCGGCCGCGCAGCCCUGUCACACAUCCCUCCACCCACCCAGCUGUGGGUCCCAGCAGUCCAUCGACAAGACCGUCGGCCAUUUCGUCACCCAACUCGAGACACUCCUCAAUGCCAAGCGCGAGUACCAACCGGUCGACGUCGACCGUCCUGCCAGCUCUGGCACGGACCGAGUCCCCUGCUCCGUCCAAGACCUCGGCUGCCACGAGUACCUCGAGUCGCGCCGCCGGCGUCAUGUCAUUUUCCAAUAUUCUCUCCAACCCCGAGCCCAUCUCCAAACCUCGACCGAUGUCGCCCGUCCACGACGACGACGCAUCCAGCGUCACCGAGAAGCCCCAAAGCACAGAAAAGGCCGAGAAAUCAGACAAGGAUAAGAAACAGCCUCGGAAGAGCAUCAAAUCACGCGUCUCGGAUGUUCGAAGUGUCGAGUCGACUCCCAACUUGAAGAUCCCGCGUAGGCCCGCGUCCAAGCCUGAAACGCCUUCUUCCGUGCGGGCGCCGGCCAAGAGGCUGGCGAACGGCGUCCCGAAGCACAAGGUCUUUUCUGCCGACAAGGAGAAGAAGAUUCGGGAUCUCAUGGAGCAGUUCGAUCUCGAUGAUGUUGACGAGACCGACUUCGAGGAAGAACGUUAUGCCUGGCUUGAACGUGCCAAACGUCGCCGGCAAGAGAUGAACCGCCGAGAUGUGGCCCAUCAACGGAUCAGGAGAGGCGACUACGCCCAAGCCGAGGCCGAAAAGCUCCAGAGCUAUGCUGACAUCGGCAAGGCGCGCUACUAUGAGAUGAACUAUGACGAGGCGCUGCAAGAAGUUCGAGAACAGGAGAUCUUCCUCGAGAAGGAGCGGAAGAAGGAUAUGCAGCGCCAGAGGCGCCGCCAGAAGGCCAUGGCUACCACGAUGGAGCAGAGACAAUCAGCACUUGCGAGAGCCUCCGCCGCGCAAGACGACGCCGAGCGCCAGAAGUACAUGCGCGAGGCCGAGCGUGCGAACAAGAAAGUGCAGCAGACCAGGUACAUCUUGCAGAAAGGGCUGAAGGGCCCGGCCCGCAACAUCGGCCCGAUUGAACUGAACCUUGAGGGCGGCACGAUGGCGACCUUCUCCGCCGAGAACAUGGAGCCCGGCAGCAAGAGCAAGGGCAAAGGUCGAGCCGGCGGCCGGCUCAAGAAGUCAAAGGAGCAGAAACAGGCAGAGAAGGAGUCGGCUGAGGCUGCUCAGGCCGCCUUGGAUGCCGGCGAGGAGCUGCCGAGCAAGGAAGAGACCGCCAAGAUUCGCAUCAAGUUCAGCAAGUCCAAAGCGCCCAAAGAGGAUGCCGAUAAGGAAAACAAGGAGCCCAAGGAACCCAAGGAGAAAGAGAAGGCGGUCGAGGAGCCCAAGGACCCGCUCGAGGCCAGGUUCCAGACGAAGGGCUAUAACCAGAUUUACGACCAGAUCUGGCGUGACCUCGCCCGAAAGGACGUCAACAAGGUGUUCAGGCUGGCAACCGAUUCCUACUCCACUAAGGCAUCCAACCUCAAGAAGACGGCGAUCCUGGCCUCCAAGGAAGCGAAGCGGUGGCAGCUCCGGACCAACAAGGGCACCAAGGAUCUGCAAGCGCGGGCCAAACGCGUCAUGCGGGACAUGAUGGGCUUUUGGAAGCGGAACGAGCGCGAGGAGCGCGACCUCCGCAAGGCGGCCGAGAAGCAGGAGCUCGAGAAUGCCCGCAAGGAGGAGGCCGACCGCGAAGCGGCGCGCCAGAAGAGGAAGCUUAACUUCCUCAUCUCUCAGACCGAACUGUACUCGCACUUCAUCGGCAAGAAGAUCAAGACGAGCGAGGUCGAGCGGAGCACGGACCAUCCCGAUGUCGCCACGGAUGAGAAGGACAGGAUCCCGGAGAACGUCCUCAACAUCGAGGAGCCCACCGGGCCCGUCGGCGCCAAGGUGACCAACUUUGAGAGUCUGGACUUCGACGCCGAGGACGAAUCCGCCCUUCAGGCUGCGGCCGUGGCCAACGCCCAGAAUGCCAUUGCCGAGGCUCAGAAGAAAGCGCGCGAGUUCAACAAGGAUGAGGCCAAGCUCGACGAGGAUGGCGAGAUGAACUUCCAAAAUCCCACCGGCCUGGGCGACGUCGAAAUCGAGCAGCCGAAGCUCCUCAACUGCCAGCUCAAAGAGUACCAGCUUAAGGGCCUCAACUGGCUGGUCAACCUGUACGAGCAGGGCAUCAACGGCAUCCUGGCCGACGAGAUGGGUCUCGGCAAGACGGUCCAGUCCAUCUCCCUCAUGGCUUAUCUCGCCGAACGCUACGAUAUUUGGGGUCCCUUCCUCGUCGUCGCCCCGGCGUCGACCUUGCACAACUGGCAGCAGGAGAUCAGCAAGUUCGUGCCCGACUUCAAGGUUCUUCCGUACUGGGGUACGGCUACCGACCGUAAGGUGCUGCGGAAGUUCUGGGACCGCAAGCACACGACGUACAAGAAGGACUCGCCGUUCCACGUCAUGGUCACCUCAUACCAGCUCGUCGUUUCCGAUGUCGCCUACUUCCAGAAGAUGAAGUGGCAGUACAUGAUCCUCGACGAGGCGCAGGCGAUCAAGAGCUCGCAGAGCUCGCGCUGGAAGUGUCUGCUCGGCUUCCACUGCCGGAACAGGCUGCUUUUGACGGGUACGCCGAUCCAGAACAACAUGCAGGAACUGUGGGCUCUGCUCCACUUCAUCAUGCCGUCGCUCUUCGACUCCCAUGACGAGUUCAGCGAGUGGUUCUCCAAGGAUAUCGAAUCCCACGCGCAAAGCAACACCAAGCUGAACGAGGACCAGCUCAAGCGUCUUCACAUGAUCCUCAAGCCGUUCAUGCUUCGUCGUGUCAAGAAGCACGUCCAGAAGGAGCUGGGUGACAAGAUCGAGCUUGACGUCUUCUGCGACCUCACCUACCGCCAGCGGGCCAUGUACUCGAAUUUGCGCAACCAGAUCAGCAUUGUGGACCUGAUCGAAAAGGCGACCAUCGGCGAUGAUGACUCGGCCAGCCUGAUGAACCUCGUCAUGCAGUUCCGGAAGGUCUGCAACCACCCUGACCUCUUUGAGCGUGCUGACACGUCUUCACCGUUCUCGUUCGGCCACUUUGCCGAGACUGCUUCGUUCGUCCGGGAGGGGACCAACGUUACUGUUGGCUACUCAACGCGCAACCUGAUCGAGUACGAGCUGCCCCGGCUUGUGUGGCGCGACGGGGGUCGGCUGCACAAACCUGGCCCCGACAACCCAACUGCUGGCUUCCGGAGCAAAUAUUUGGACCAGAUGAUGAACAUUUGGACACCCGAGAACAUCCGCAGCAGCCUGGGUGGGACCGACAAUUUCUCGUGGCUUCGAUUUGCUGACACCAGUCCUCAAGAGGUCGCCCGUGCUGGUCACAAUGACAUUUUCGCCCGUGCUGUGGAGUUGGGCACGAAGAAAAACCGGCUUGGAAACAUGCAGGUUGUCUACAGCGAGCCGGAAGAUCGGGCGUGGACACCUGCACACGCUCUGUUUCAGAUCCGGGAGCGUGAGGACCGCGCGGCGCUGGCCGAGAUCUCUGAUCAGGGAGUGCUCCGGAACCUCAUGAACGUGUCCCGAUCGACAUACGACGACCUCGGUCUGGGGCGCCUUGAGCAAGCUGCACGCCCGCGUGCAUCUGCCCCGCCGAUCGAAGUUGUUUGUGACAGUCGCGGUUCUGUCAUUGAGCGAGAGAAUGUUUUGUUCAAUAUCCCCAUGCGCAAAGCGCUGUUUGGUCCCACGCCGGUCGAGGAAAAGGCCUUUGUUGAGCAGAAGGUGCCACCUCAGCUCUACCCGCCUCCCGCACUGCUACCGGCUCCGGACAAGGAGAAGCAGCGGUUCACCAACAUCACGGUCCCGUCAAUGCGCCGCUUCGUGACCGACUCUGGCAAGCUUGCCAAGCUGGACGAGCUCCUGCGGCAGCUGAAGGAGGGUGGACAUCGUGUGCUCUUGUACUUCCAGAUGACGCGCAUGAUCGAUCUGAUGGAGGAGUAUCUCACAUACCGCAACUACAAGUACUGCCGGCUGGAUGGUUCGACCAAGCUCGAGGACCGUCGCGACACGGUGGCGGACUUCCAGACGCGGCCCGAGAUCUUCAUCUUCCUCCUGUCGACCCGCGCGGGUGGCCUCGGCAUCAACCUUACGACGGCCGACACGGUCAUCUUCUACGACUCGGACUGGAACCCGACGAUCGACUCGCAAGCCAUGGACCGUGCCCACCGGCUCGGCCAGACUAAGCAGGUCACGGUGUACCGCCUCAUCACGCGCGGCACAAUCGAGGAACGCAUCCGCAAGCGAGCGAUGCAGAAGGAGGAAGUCCAGCGUGUCGUCAUCACGGGCGGCGCCUCGGCUGCGGGCGCCGGCGGCGUCGACUUCUCGGGCCGCAGGCCGCCCGAGAACCGCAACCGCGACAUUGCCAUGUGGCUGGCGGACGACGAGCAGGCCGAGCUCAUCGAGCGCCGCGAGAAGGAGCUCCUCGAGAGCGGCGAGUACGACAAGCUCCAGAAGAAGCGGGGCGGCAAGCGCAAGCGCGGAGGCGAGGCGGCUCUCAGCCUGGACGACAUGUACCAUGAGGGCGAAGGCCACUUUGACGAUAACAAGGGCUCUGGCACCGCGACACCCACGGGCGACGACCCCCGGGCUGCCAAGCGCAAGCGGGCGGGCGGCAGCAAGAAGGCGAAGACGACUAAGCAGCGGCUGGCCAUCGCCGACGGAGAGAUGGACUUCUAGUUGAACACAGCGCGUGGAAGACUGAGUAAUGAUGGGAUUACACUACUACACUUGGCUCUUAUCUCGGCAACGGCACCAGCAUCCUCCAUUGA